CUUGUGGAUAUGGUGAAAAAAUACGAUACAGAUCAUGUUCAAAUCCAGCGCCAUUACAUGGCGGAAAGACGUGUUAUGGGAAUAGUUUAGAGACGAGCUCAUGUAUCAUUGCACCAUGUCCUGUUGAUGGCCAGUGGAGUCAGUGGAGUUUGUUUAGUCAGUGUAGCACUACAUGUGGAAAAGGAACGCAGCAACGUCACAGAACAUGUUCUAACCCAGCGCCAUCUAACGGAGGAAAGACAUGUGUUGGAGACGAUAAAGAGACUGGAGGUUGUGAAAUCCAACCCUGUCCAGUUGAUGGCCAGUGGAGUCAGUGGAGUUUUUUUAGUCAGUGUAGCACUACAUGCGGAAAAGGAACUCAACAACGUCACAGAACAUGUUCUAACCCCGCGCCAACUAACAGAGGGAAGACAUGUGUUGGAGACGAUAAAGAAACUGGAGGAUGUGAAAUCCAACCCUGUCCAGUUGAUGGCCAGUGGAGUCAGUGGAGUUUGUUUAGUCAGUGUAGCACUACAUGCGGAAAAGGAACUCAACAACGUCACAGAACAUGUUCUAACCCAGCGCCAACUAACAGAGGGAAGACAUGUGUUGGAGACGAUAAAGAGACUGGAGGUUGUGAAAUCCAACCCUGUCCAGUUGAUGGCCAGUGGAGUCAGUGGAGUUUGUUUAGUCAGUGUAGCACUACAUGCGGAAAAGGAACUCAACAACGUCACAGAACAUGUUCUAACCCAGCGCCAUCUAACAGAGGGAAGACAUGUGUUGGAGACGAUAAAGAGACUGGAAGUUGUGAAAUCCAACCCUGCCCAGUUAAUGGCCAGUGGAGUCAGUGGAGUUUGUUUAGUCAGUGUAGCACUACAUGCGGAAGAGGAACUCAACAACGUCACAGAACAUGUUCUAACCCAGCGCCAUCUAACGGAGGGAAGACAUGUGUUGGAGACGAUAAAGAGACUGGAAGUUGUGAAAUCCAACCCUGUCCAGCCCCAUUCACCAGAGGAAUGUCAUGAUAAGCUUGGUCGCGACUGUUUCAAAUACAGAGAUGACCAGUGUGUUGGGAAGUACAGUAUGUGGGCGAGGGAGCACUGUGCACUUAGGUGUGGAUACUGCCCACAAAAAUUACCAUGUGUCGAUCAAAUAACAUACUGUGACGAAUAUGAGGAGAGAUUUUGCAGUGAUGAGAAGUACGGGGAAUAUAUGAGGGAAAAGUGUAGAAGGACCUGUGAUUUAUGCAGAGUUCCAACAGAGUACUUAACAUCAUCAGCAACUGUGUCUACAACUGACAUUUCGAGCUGGUGUUUUGACCACGCCCCCUCUGGAUCUUGUUGGUACUACGAGGACGCUCAGUGUACAGGAAUUUACGAGUCAUGGGCCAGGAAAUACUGCCCACACCGCUGUGGUUAUUGUCCUGGUAACUACAAGGGCUGA